AUGUCCCACUGGUCCCCCAAGGUGGCUGGGAGUGAGAGGCAGAAAGAACACCACUGCCGCCCCGCCGCCCACCCACCACUCCGGCCACCUAGCUCCCCAGGCUCCCUGCAGGACAGGCCAUGUGGUGUUAAGGACCAUGAGUGCCUGGAAUGUGGCAAGAAAUUUGCCACAAAGUUUGAGCUCACCAGACACACCCUGACACACAGCGGAGCUAAGAAUUUUGAGUGUAAGGAGUGUGGCAAAAAAUAUACUGAAAAGUCUAGUCUUACCAAACACAGCCUGACACACAGCGGUGUUAAGAAUCAUGAGUGUCUGGAGUGUGGCAAGAAAUUUACCACAAAGUCUUAUCUCAAUGCACACUUCUUGACACACAACAAUGUUAAGAAUCAUGAGUGUCAGGAGUGUGGCAAGAAAUUUGCCAGAAAGUGUCAACUCACCGAACACAGCCUGACACACAGCGGCAUCAGGAAUCACAAGUGUCAGGAGUGUGGCAAGAAAUUUGCUAAAAAGUGUAAUCUUACCGCGCACAUCCUGACACACAGCGGCGUCAAGAAUCAUGAGUGUGAGGAGUGUGGCAAGAAAUUCUUAACCAGUGGUGCUCUCAAGAAACACACCUUGAGACACACUGGCUUGAGAGAGUUGGAGUGUGAUGUUGUGUUUCAAGAGAAUGAGACAGAUUGA